AACGUGAUGGUUGUUCUGUAGUGUUGUUAUUAUCGUUCAAUUCCCUCCCCACCAAUUUCCUAUUUGCAUCGUUUUCGAUACAUUAGCUUGUUCGUUAUCCUUCAUCCGGUAAAACCAGAUGCAGGAUCAUCAAAUAAAUUAUGUCAAACGCGCAAUUUGUGGCAUUAACGUGAGAGAGUGAUUAUCUCGGCCUCGGUACAAUAGUAAUAUUAUAAUAUUCAUUUUUCUCGUUAGAGAAAUCAACACAUACACGAUUGAAGCAGGAGUUCUAUCUGUCGUGUUUAACGGUCUAUAAAUUGAAUUUUACAUUGUGUGCAAAUAGCCACUUACGGACGUAUAUCGUUCGAGAUAUAAAAUCAGUGUUCUUUCGGUUUUCUUUCGUUUUCGUCCUCACGCAAAUGCGUACACUUGUAGGCCCUUUUUUGCUGUGGAGGGAAUGCUGACGCUGCCACAUCCUUCAGUGCGGACGAUCAGCAGAAAAUGGGGUCGAAGCGACGACGUAUCAAAACAAGACGAGGACCGCUAACGUAAUCGAUUUAUAGCGCGUCGAAUAGGAAAGAUGAUGACCGCCAUGGCCAGGUUGCCUUGUAAGCAAUCCUCGCCUUCGCAACAGCAAAGAGUGAAUAAUUUCGGAAAUAGUCGUAAUUCGUAUUGGGAUAUUCAAGCUAGGCAUCCAACACCACCUUAUGUUAGAAACCAUCAUCGGCACAUUGAUCACACAGGAAAACGUAAGAGUGCAGUGGAAUUAUUGCAAGAGACGAAAGCAUUUUACGUAAAAAGUGAGACUGUGCUGGAUCGGAAACAGGAACUCAAGAAUAGCGGUCAUCUGCAAGUAUCUCAGCUAAGUGCACCUAGUGCACCACCUAGGUUACUUAGGAAGUGUGGAAAUACAGCUGUACCGUGCUCGAUACAAUCACCCUCGCCGUCACAAAUAUCUAAUCCUGUAACACCACCCUGUUGUUGGGCCACGUGUCAUGAUCAAGAUAGAACAGAUGGGAUUUUGAGUCCUCAACAAACACUGCCACCCGCGCUGCCACCAAAGAGCCCACGCUUAGUCCCUGUUCCGCAGCGGCGCACUAUUUCAGGGCCACCGAGUACUACGAGCGGGGAUCAAUUGCAGACAAAAUUACGGAGAUUACUCAACACCGAUAGCAAGGAGAAUGUCUUCUUCCCGGAAAGCCCAACUCAGGCUUGCCUUCAAACAACAAACGGUGUCACACGUGAGGAAAAGUUCAGAUAUUCACCUGGCAGCUUAUCACCUGGUUGCCGAGACGAUGACCGUGCGUCGCAUUGUACACCGCCAGACGUUCGCUUCAAAUUUGGUCGCAGUAAUUCACAUUCUCAUACAUCUGGCCCAGGCAGCAGAAAAUCCAUCACUUCUCCAUCAGCAGAGAACACAAUUUGUCAUAAAUCUUUGCCUGAUCUUCACACUAGCACACAUCGUCGAGCUUCGUUAUCACCACGUACGUCGACAAAAUCACCUGCUAAACAAUCUGGACAUCAUUAUGGAGCUAACAAUUGUCCAGAUUGCGAGACUAGUUCGGAUUAUUCCGAGCAUAGUUUCAAACGUGAUGCUGUCUGCUAUCGCAGUACGCGUCACAUCAGACGAUCGUUAGGCUCUGGCGGUGGAGAUGCUAGUAGUGUUCUAUCCUCUGGUGGCAGAACGCAGAAAUCGUCUGGCUCGAGUAAAUUGAGUCAUGGCGCUACUGCAAGAGAUUCUGGUGGAUCCUCUGGACAUUGUACUCAUCGUAGUGAACCACCACCAAGGUUACAGGAUUAUUGGACUCACGUACGUAGAGACAGUGGUGCAUCUACUCAACAUUCAACCGAUAAAAAUCGUUCAAGAAAGGGUAGUUAUGCCAGUGGUACACCGCCUUCUGUCGUGAGACAUUAUAGUCCUGAUUCUGAAAGCAGCGAGAGUCAAACUGAUUACAGUCCUACUUGUAACUCUAGAUUCUCAGAUGGUUGGAAGGAAGGACGUGGUAGACCAAUUUUGAGAUCAAAAUCUGAUAUAAGUGAUCGUUAUUGGAGACAAGAUAAUGGUCGAACAAGCAAGUUAUCAGCACGUACACCACGUUCGGUGACACAGUUGGAGAAUUUUUUUGAUCGUUUGGGUUUAGAUUCAGAUAAUUAUCAACUUAUCACUGAACCCGAUUCGAAAUCUUCGUCACCUGUAUUUUUCGAUAGUGUUAGCUCGGUCGACUCAGCAUUAGGUCUUUACUCUUGGAUUGGAAAUAAUCAGGCAAAUCAGGGUAGUCAAUGGCAGAAUAAUAAUUGUAGCAUUGGUAUGGGUAAUGACGAUUCUAAUCAAAGGGUUAACGAUCCACCGAGCAUCGUUGAACGAAAUGCUCGAAUUAUUAAGUGGCUUUGCCAAUGUCGUAAGGUACAGUUUGGUUACAGUUAAAUAAUGUGAUGGUUCCCUUGGUAAGUUAUGAUAUUUUCAAAGACUAUUUAAUUUUAGACACAAACAUAUGUUUUUCUCUUCAUUUUUCAUUCAUUAUUAUCAAUUUUAUGUAAAUUAUUCCAACUUUUUUUUUUCUAUGGUUAAAAAAGUAAUCGUUAACUUUCUAAUAGUACUAAAUUGCUUAUAUGCAGUUUUUUGUUGUUCUCAUGAAUAGUCAUUUUAGAAAAAGGUGUGCCAUUCACAAUAUAUUUCUUAUUCAAUUGCUGCCUGCUCAUUUUUGAUUCGUUCUUUCAAUUUUAGUAUAUUUCAUAUUAUAUCUUACAUUUCUAAUUAGUAACAAGUCAUGCGGAGAAAUAAUUAUUAUAAUGAAUUUUUCUUCGUAACAAUUAUUUUUUAUUAGUAAUAUACUUAUCGAAAACAUUAUGGUUACUAUUUUCUAGGUAAUAUAAAUGAGAUCUGAGAAAAUGAAUUUUUUGAUUCAUUUUUUUCUAUGUAUAUAUUUGAAGAAUUUAAUUAAUAUGGUUUUUUCUUAUAUAUAUGCAUAGACUCAUACAUGUAAUUUUUUUCAUUAUAAGAAGUUCUUUCUUUAGAAUAUAUUGAUUCGUUAUUGUCUUUUAGCGUUAUUAAACUUGUAAUGAAUUUAUGUGUGAUAUGUUAUGCGAGUGUUUUUUCUCACAUCUAUUGAAGGAACUUAUCGAGUCUGAUUACGCAGACGUAAAAGUUAGUAUAAUCCAUUCAGUUAUACGUUGUUUGUUACGAUAUUGAAAGAUUAUUGUUCAAUUCUUAAAAAAAAAAGGAAAAAAAAAGAAAAAAAAAACAAAACAAAAA